AUGGGAGCUCUGGAGGAACUGCAGGCGUCCUUACGCACCGAGCUUGAGACGAGCGGCCUUCUGGCGCGCACUCAGGCUGAGCUGCGCGCAGCGAUUUUUGGUCGGCUGAAACUCAACAAAAAGCUACCCACGACCCCAGCUCAAGAGAAGCUCAAUGACCUCCAACGUGAAGAUCCCGGUCAUCAUGUGCUAUCGCUCAUUCACGAAGCCCUGGUCGCCCUGCAGCUGGACGCAACGGCCAAAGUCCUAGUCGCAGAAACAAACGUUCAAAUGCUACCUCGCGCCGAGCUUUCCACGGCGCUCGGCGGCGUGACCGCUCAGAAUCAAAUGCCUUUAUUGGUUGGAUUGCUUGCCUCAAAGGCCGAGCAAGGAACUUCUGUGGACCGUGUUCAGGCCAUUGCCGCUUCUUCCGCAUUACUGGGCACUUCCAGCCGACGCGCGUCUCAGCCUGCCGAGCGCCCCGAACCGGCGCCGCGGCCCCAGGGAUUGCACAGCCCUGGUGGCCCUUCGAACACAUCUGCCAGCAACACCUCCAUGUCUCGGCCCGAACCAGCGCCCCGCCCCAGCCUAACUCACAACUCACUCAGCCCACCGCGUUCAGCCCGCUCCAGCUUGGAUCCGGCCGGGCCCCUGAGUGAGCCAGAACCGGAGGAACAGUUGCAACUGAGCAUGACGACAAUCAAUGCUGCCUCCGCCGCCAAUGCCACUUUUCUCACGCAGGCGAGCGAUGACGAGGACUUUAGCGAAAAAAUAAAGCAGAGCCCGGCGCCUGGAUCCCCACCCACCCACAAUGCAUCGGCACCACAGCACAGUGGCAUGGCUGAUAAGGCCCAGGCACGCGGCUCGUUUGGCUCGCAAGGGUCACCAGCCUCGGGGGCCUCCGUGGUGGCUAGCGAACCCCUGUCGGAACCGCUUUCUGAGAUUUUGGAUACCAACAACUCCCUUUCCGGUUCUUUCCAGGCCCCAGACUUUGGCUCUCAAACACCCUCAGUUGCCUCGCCUAGUCUUCGCGACGAUAAUCGCACACCAACAAACGAGCCUCGCCGUCCCUCCACUGACCGCACUCCCGUCAGUGGUGGCUCGCCCGUCGGCUCUCACGCAAAUUCUGCUAGUGGGGGCCCAGGCUACGACCAAGACCAGUUUGAGGCCGAUCGUCAGCGCUUGGCCGAUAUCGAUCGCCGCCUGGCCGAGUUUCAGGCCCGAAGAAGUAGUCAAGAAGCUUCACCAAAAAGCAGCAGUCACACGUCGCCCCGUUCGCAAGCUUUGUCCCAACCUGACCGGGCCCCAGGCUCGGCAGCCCUUGCCUACGAAGAUGAUUUUGAGCCACCGAGCAUGAACAACGAGAGUGCGCUCAGUGCCGUAUCCAGCAUUCCCGAGGAGAGCAUGGGCCAGUUUUCCGCCCUCUCCAACCUCUCCAACGGCCUCGGUAGUGACGGUUUGAAUAGCGAGAACAAUGGCAGUGGCUUUAGUCUGGGCUCUGCCUAUACUUCAGACUUCACGCUUGCCUCAGACAUGUCACGCAACGAUUACAGCUUUGGUGUGGAUCUCAAGUGA